AUGUCAGCGGAGUAUCAUAAUGUGGAGCUUCGUAUAUUUGAUGAGGCCCAGUUCACUUGUCGAACGCUCGGAACUGGAUUGACAGUUGGAUUGAGAAACUCUAAAGUGAUUUCUCUUCGUAGGGAUAAUGACACCGUCAGGGAAAUCCAUAUUUCCUCUCUGGCUAAUAUAUAUCGUUUCUCACAAAAAACAGUAGCUGUCUGUACGAAAAAAUGCGUCGGGGACGCGGUCUUCACUACUUAUUUGUUGGGGUUCGAUUCUCCAGGGGAUGUCCGUAGCUUUUUAAAUUCUUCGGGUCUACUGAAACCGCUAUGUGAAGAGGACAAGAAGGAGACCCGCACUUCCAUUUUCGAUAAGCGUACUGACUCUUGGUCUGCAGUACAAUAUUUCCAAUUUUACAGUUACAUCAGUCAGCAACAAAAUAUGAUGCAGGACUAUAUUCGCACUUCAACCUACCAAAGAGCUAUUCUCGCAAAUGCUUCCGCCGACUUUCGCGGAAAAGUGGUAUUGGAUGUUGGAGCUGGCUCAGGAAUUUUGAGCUUCUUCGCAAUCCAAGCUGGUGCAACAAGGGUUUAUGCUGUUGAAGCAUCUAAUAUGGCUACUCAUUGUAAUAGUCUAGUUCAAGCAAAUAAAUUGGCGGGACGCAUUGUUGUCAUCAGUGGGAAAAUAGAAGAAAUCACUUUGCCCGAACCAGUGGAUGUCAUUAUAUCUGAGCCAAUGGGUUAUAUGUUAUACAACGAGAGAAUGUUAGAAUCGUAUGUUCAUGCAAGAAAGUUUCUAGCUCCACAUCUUCGACAGCCAUUAAAAAAGAAGCAGAACAGACGUGAGCAUGAACGACUUAAUGAAGAUGAUCAAUCACCAUAUGUCAAACAGUUGUCAGAUUCUGAGCAUUCUGAUGAAGUAUUAACUGAUGAGUUGGACUGUGAAGAUAUUGACAUAGAGGAUCAGGUACAUGAUGGCGCGACAAAAUUAUCUAAUAGAUCAUUACCUUGCCCCGGAAUAAUGUUCCCGUCUGUAGCAAAUUUGUAUAUUGUUCCAUUCAGUGAUGAGGCACUCUUCGCUGAACAGUACGGGAAAGCUAACUUUUGGUAUCAACAGAGUUUUCAUGGCAUGGAUCUAACUGCUCUACGUAAUGCUGCCGUUACGGAAUACUUCAAUCAACCUAUAGUCGACACUUUUGAUAUUGGUAUUUGUCCAGCACUACCAUGUAUACACAAAGUGGAUUUCCGUACUGUAUCCGAAUCCGAACUAAGUUCAAUCGAUAUUCCUCUAAAUUAUCAAAUUACAACCUGUUCUACAAUCCAUGGCCUUGCAUUUUGGUUUGAUGUUGGUUUCUUAGGUUCUCAGCGAGAUGUUUGGUUGUCAACUGCACCAACUGAACCACUUACUCAUUGGUAUCAAGUGCGUUGUCUUAUGGGAACACCAUUAUUCGUUCAAGAAGGUCAGUCACUUAAUGGACGUGUUCUUAUGCAUGCUAAUUCUAGACAGUCCUAUGAUGUUCAAAUCGAACUGAUAGUUCCUGGUAGUGAAACAAAGAUUGUUAAUAGUUUAGAUUUGAAAAAUCCACACUUUCGAUACAAUGGAUAUCCUCCGGCACCACCGCCUGGUUCACAUGUUCGUUCACCGACGGAGACAUAUUAUGCUAAUCUGUGUGCACAACAACAACAACAAAUGGAGAUGCAAUCACAAACUAUGGUCAAUAAUGGUAAUCCUAUAUCAUUGGCUGCAGCGGCGGCUGCGGUUGUCGGUGGCGUUGGUAUGCCUAAUAAUAAUAGCGGACAAAUAAAUUAUCGAAAUAGUCCUGUUUAUACAAUGAAUCAAGCGACUGGAUUUCUUGCUGCCACUGGUUCAAUUCCAAAUGUUGUUCAAACAAUCCCUUUAGCAGUUGCCAACGAUAAUCUAUUACAAAAUCAACCACAUUCUAUGCAAUUAUCUCCUCAACCAGUUAAUCAAUCUUCACUAGAAUUUGGUCGUUUUAUGACAUCGAAUCAUUCUCAGAUUGCUUCUUCAAUGCUUAGAUCAGUAAACAUUCCUUCAGCUACUCCCGUUAUUGAACCUUUGACAAAUGUUUCUGGCAGUGGAAUUCAUACAAAUGAAUCUGUGUAUUACAACCCUGUUAUUAGUUCGAAUUUCGGAGACUCCUGUUUCGCAAUGAAUAAUGUGGUCAAUCCUAGCAAAAAUUGGAAUUCAGGAAUACAUCAGGAAUAA